GGACAGGGAAAGGGAUCAUUUGUUGAAGCUUUUAGUUUGAAUUUGGAAGGGAGAGAGUGGAAAUGGAGGGCGGUAAGACGGCGAAGCCAAGCGGAGGCAGGAAAGGUGCGGCGAAGAGGAAGCCUGUUACCAAGUCGGUGAAGGCGGGGCUCCAAUUCCCUGUUGGAAGGAUUGCUAGGUUCUUGAAGAAGGGCAGAUAUGCUCAGAGGCUCGGCAUUGGUGCUCCUAUCUACUUGGCCGCCGUCCUUGAGUACUUGGCUGCUGAGGUUUUGGAGCUAGCGGGAAAUGCCGCUCGUGACAACAAGAAGACCCGUAUCAUCCCUCGUCACGUUCUUCUGGCCGUGAGAAACGAUGAAGAACUUGGGAAAUUGUUGGCUGGUGUAACCAUUGCUCAUGGUGGUGUCCUCCCUAACAUCCACCAAGUCCUCCUGCCCAAGAGGACACAGAAGGACGAAAAUGCUGCUGCGGAACCCAAAUCGCCCAAGAAGUCACCCAAGAAGUAGAUGGUCUUACAGUUUACAGAUAGUCUGCUCUAUGAAGUAUGAUCUUUUUUUGGUGGGUUUUUGUUUAGUUGGGACGUUUUUUGGACUUGUGUAGGGAUUAAUGGAUGACAGUUCCGAAUCCUGCAUAUGUAAAUAGAGCUCAGUCUCUAUCAGAAGGAUAAAUAGAUAGUAGAAUAGAAACAGGCAAGGGUAUUUCUGGUUUGUGGGGGUGUAGAUCUGAAUAUUUUACUGAAAUUGUGAAAGCUUUCUAUG